CAAGAAAAAGGGAAAUCCUCGAUCGAUUGAAACGUUUGUGAAGCAGGAGCAAAACAAGAGCUAAUGGGGGACCCGCGCGAGUUAUGAGCUACGUGUUCCAAAGGGAUUUUGAACUUUCGGAUUAGCUAUCUGGGUUUGUUUCGAGUUACCCCUUUUUGCUGCCAAAGCCCUCGUAUCUCACUCUGUUUUCAGCCCAACACAGAACGUGUUGGUUUGGUUGUUUUAAUUCGAGAGUUCAAGGGGGUUCUCUCUCUCCCUCUGAAAUCCGAAUGAUUGCUUUAUUUAAGCUAUUCUGGGAAGUGGGAAGUGGGAAGUGCUGAAUCUUGCAGUUGCUCUGUUUUUGGCUUUAUCUCAUUACUUGCAGAAGCCAUGGCAGCUUGUUUUGGCGUUGGGGUGUCGUCGUUUCUUGCUUCAUUUCAACGCAGUAAGAAUUCGUGGCGAGUGCUAGUUAGAAGUGAAGAUGGAGCCGACUCAGUUUCAGCUGUGGUAAGUGGAGCUUCUCUGGUUGGGGAGAAGGAGGGGAGUUGGUCUUCAUUGGAAAAGGGCAAUGGGUGGUUGAAGUCUGAAGCUUCGGAGAAGAAGAAGGUCAAGAAGAGAGAUAAUGCUGCUGUAAAGUUGGAGCCAUCUUGGGAUGAUGGGUAUGGGACUGUGACUGUGAAAGAUUACUUUGAUGCCGCUAAGGAUUUUACUCAGCACUCUGAUGGCGGUCCGCCUCGCUGGUUUUGUCCUCUUGAAUCUGGAUCUCCAUUAAAGGGUUCUCCAGUUCUUCUGUUUUUGCCUGGAAUGGAUGGCACUGGAUGUGGCCUCAUCAUGCACCAUAAAGCUCUUGGGAAGGCUUUUGAAGUUCGGUGCCUACAUAUUCCUGUUCAAGAUCGAACACCAUUCGAAGGACUUGUGAAGCUCGUUGAAGAAAAUAUCAGGUCAGAGCAUGCUUCUUCCCCAAAAAAGCCGAUUUAUUUAGUGGGGGACUCAUUUGGAGGAUGCUUAGCCCUUGCUGUUGCUUCUUGUAAUCCUAAAAUUGACCUUGUUCUGAUUUUAGUGAAUCCAGCUACAUCUUUUGGUAGGUCUCAAUUGCAACCCUUGCUUCCAUUGUUAGAAGCUAUGCCUGAUGUACUGCAUGGAACAGUUCCCUAUCUACUUAGCUUUGUUAUGGGCGAACCAGUGAAAAUGGCAACAGUCGAUGUUGAAAGUAGGCUUCCUCCAAUGCAGCAAUUAGAAAAAGUAUCACUCAACCUGGCUGCUUUACUACCAUAUCUUUCGGAGUUGUCUACCAUUAUACCGAAGGAUACCCUUCUUUGGAAGCUGAAGCUGCUCAAAUCAGCUGCAGCUUAUGCUAAUUCUCGUCUCCAUGCAGUUAAAGCUGAAGUACUUGUGCUUGCUAGUGGCAAGGAUAACAUGGUUCCAAGCAGAGUUGAAGCUGAACGACUUAAGCAAUCAUUACAGAAUUGUACCUCUCGCCAUUUCAAGGAAAAUGGGCACACCUUAUUAUUGGAAGAUGGUAUUGGUUUAAUGACAGUAAUUAAAAGCACUUACAAGUAUCGUCGAUCAAGAAAGCAUGAUGCUGUUUCGGAUUAUCUUCCGCCCAGUUUAACAGAGUUCAACUUUGCUUUUAGUCAAGUGACUGGACUCUUUCAUUUUCUCACUGGUUCUACAAUGUUCUCAACUUUGGGAGAUGGAACCAUAGUGAAAGGUCUUUCUGGAGUUCCUGACGAAGGUCCUGUGCUGUUAGUCGGUUAUCACAAUUUAUUAGGACUUGAGCUUUCACCUUUAGUUAAAGAAUUCAUGAGAGAGAAGAAUAUUGUGGUUCGUGGAAUAGCACAUCCAGAGUUGUUCUUGGGAAAUCUAGAGUCUGAAUAUCCUGAAAUUUCAUUGAUUGACUGGGUGAAAGUAUUUGGUGCAGUCCCUGUGACUGGUAGCAAUCUUUACAAACUGUUAUCAGAAAACUCACACGUUCUCCUCUAUCCUGGGGGUGCACGCGAGGCUCUUCACCGGAAGGGUGAAGAGUAUAAGUUGUUCUGGCCAGAUCAACAGGAAUUUGUGAGGAUGGCUGCUCGUUUCGGGGCUACAAUUGUACCGUUUGGUGCUGUCGGAGAAGAUGAUCUAGCACAAAUGAUUUUAGAUUAUAAUGACCUGAUUAAAAUUCCCAUGCUUAAUGACCACAUCAGAGAGACAACUCAAAAUUCUGCAAAAGUGAGGGAUACAGAUAGUGGAGAGGUUGGUAAUCAAGAUCUUUUCUUCCCAUUGCUCUUGCCCAAGAUACCCGGUCGGUUAUACUACCUGUUUGGCAAGCCAAUAGUAACAAAGGGGAGAGAGGAAAUCCUGAAGGACAAGAAAAAGGCAAACCAAUUGUAUAAUGAGGUUAAAUUUGAAGUUGAACGUAGUUUAGAAUACUUGAUUAAGAAGCGGAAGGAGGAUCCGUAUCGAAGUUUUAUUGACAGGACGGUGUAUAAAGCUGUUUAUGCCUCUCAACAUGAAGUUCCUACAUUUGAGCCUUGAGAAUUGAUUCUUUUAAGUUGGUACAACUAGUUCUGUUCAACAUUGAACCUUUGGAGGUUAUACUCUUAACAGUUCCGUCCUCGAUACGCCAAGUUGUGUUCUGGAAGGAAGACCAUAACUGGUAUGAACUAUGAGCUUGAAUUUGGUUUUGAUCUCCCAUCCCAGCUUGAGGAAGAUGCCUAUUACUAAAAUAGAAAUACAAAGAAAAUUCAAAAUCUGAAUAAACCACAGAAGAAAAAGUUACCUUGUAAAUUUUUACCUUAUUUGAUUACCUUUUUCUUUCUCUUCUUUGAAUAGAUUAAAUGCUGUUGGGAAGCUUUACUGUUU